AUGGCCCCUCAGCAGCACAACAUGGCCGCCGCCGCACCGCAGGGUCACAGCAACCCCCUGUGGGAAGCGGGGCCCAAGGCCUCGGGUGACAUCAGCGGAGGGAAGAAGGAAAGACACACCUGGGAGAGCUUCGGGAAAACCCUCGCUACCCCCAAACAUGCCCAGGGGGGUUUCUUCUCGAUGCCCUUCGACCUGUUCCCGUACCAUCCGGCAGAAGAGGCAGAAGAGGUCAAGUCGUGGUCUGGAUUCCUGCUGACCGUUCUGAGCGUGCUUAUCUUCCUGGCAUUCAGCGGCUACACGAUCGAGCUAUAUGCCACCCAGACUUUCCAGAAGUCGCUCGCCACAGUGGCCUUGAAUCCGAACAUUGCCGUGACGCCCCAAAGCAACCCAAUCCUCUUCCAGGCCGGGAUGCUGAUGCGCUUCAUUGGAAACGGCAGCUCCUUCUCCGACCCGACGAUCUUCAAGUAUGCCUUCAGCGCCAGGGCGGUGUUGUCCCAGGACUCAAACGGGAAGAGCUCCCGCCUGAACACCCCCCUGAACCUCACAGAGUGCACAUUCACCACGGCGCAGGGGAACUCGGGGGGCGAUGGCAUCUGCUUCGACUACGAUUCCAGUCGGAACCUUGCCAUCUUACAAGGCGACUACGGCUUCCCGUUCUACCGCUACAUCCAAUUCGAUAUCCUGUCUUGUGUCAAUGGGACCGUGCCAGGCGUAGUAUGCAAGCCCCAGGCGUUCAUCGACAACUUUAUCUACAACCAAAUGGAGGCCGUCUUCAUCACCUCGCACGACGUGUGGGUGGACGACAACGUGCACAUCGGCGAGCCAAUGAAGACGCGCCACCUGUACAGCAGCUCGCGCUACGACUUCCCCACGGGGAUCGCACAGAAGGUGGACGUGUACUCCCAGGUGCGCGUCCUAACGAAGAACAGCCCCGUCGUCAGCUGGAGCGCCCUCCAGACCACAUACCAGGACAUCACCGUGGGCCAGCUGCUCACCAAUGUCCUGUCGACACGUAGCGCCCCUACGGACUCGUACCUCAAGAUGUACCUGCGCCUGUCCGCUGACGUCGUCACGUCCGAGUUGUCGUGUCAGCAGGACUUCCUCAGCAUGCUCUCGUCACUGGGUUCCAUUUACGCGCUGCUGAUGCUCGUGUUCGGCAAGCCCGGGGAGCUGUUGAACGGCUGGCUGUACGCGCGCGCGAACCGGCCGACCCGGGAGGGCUCCGCCGGGUCGGUGGAGCGGGAUCCGGAGCUCUAG